UUCAAUUUCAUUACACAGAGCUUCAUCUCUCACUGUCAGCUUACUUUAAAAGACAGAGCACAUACAUAGAUUGCCACAAACCAUACAGAGGGGUAUACAAUAAUUCAUAAUUCACUUAUUCUAUUUUAUUGUGCAAUUAAUUUGCUAUUUGAGUUGUCAAAUUAAUAUGAUAAUGUCAAUGUUUUAAUUAAUUUUAUGUUAAUUUGAUACAGGUUGGUAAGCAUUGCUGCUGUAUCAGUCUUGAUGGCCUGAUGAUAGCCCAUUCUUAAGUAUGAUGAUGCAUGCCUGAAUUCUUCGGAAGCAUUUCCCAGAUGGCAGAAGGUCAACCAGGUCAAAAAGGGUCAAACAUCCUUGAUAGCUGGUUGGGCAUAUAUGUUGAUGAACUUAGCUGUUUUUGGAGUUUUAUGGUCUGUAUACUCUCCACUGUGAAUCUGUAGAAGAUGAUGAGAAGUCUAAGGGACAAGUUUACUUUGUAUAGCUUUCUUUGGAAGUGGCAGUGCUAAGCCUUUUUCAGAAGGUGGCAUGUGUUCACUGUCUGUGUAAGAUCUUAAUUGAUGUGAACUCCCAGAAAUGUGAACAGCACUAUUUCAACAGUAGUCUCCCUUGUACUCAGAGGUGUUCCUACUUUGUUAUUUAAAAGAAAAAAAAGAGUGCAGCUUUCACUGACGGCUUGAUAUGAACUUCGAUCUCAGUGGCAGCCUCGAGGUGUCAGUACAAAACCAUUUAUGAUUCCUGACGUCAAGCGUACACCCCACCCCUUCAUUUCUCCUGUACGUUCAGGCAACUGCUUAAACGCUAAGCUUUCGACACAUCGUUUCUUUGUUAUAGUUUAAUUGGCAACCCUAUUAUCAACAGUAUUGUAUAAGCAAAACUAAUAUCCAUGGAUUAACCUUAAUGCUUUGUAGAUCGCUGUUGUGAUAGCUGCAAAAUGGAACAACUGGGACAUGCGAUAUGGCGGAAAUCACACACGAGAUUCUUAUUUGUGGCAAUUUUGCUGUUGUUUGAGAGAACGAUUUGGGCGCAGAUACAAUGGUCAAUUUCUGAAGAACAGAAUGAAGGUACCCUGGUUGGGAAUAUCGCCAAGGAUUUAGGUAUCGACCACAGAAUCCUAAAGGAGCGAGGAUUACGCAUUGUAUCAGCCUCGGCAGAGUCGAGGUUCAGGGUAAAUCAGGACGACGGAGGACUGUAUGUGAACGGAAAAAUAGACAGAGAAGAGGUCUGCGCGGGAGGCAGCUCUUGUUUGGAAAAUUUAAAAAUUGUUCUUGAAAAUCCACUGGAGAUUCAUUAUAUAUCAGUACAUAUUUUGGACAUAAACGACAAUGCUCCGAAUUUCAUUCCGCAAACAAAACAUUUGGAUAUUGGAGAAUCAGCCUUACCGGGGACACGAUUUCAGCUCCAAGCCGCUCACGACCCUGAUAGUGGCAGCCAUUCUAUUCAGAAUUAUAAAUUGAGUCACAACGAUCAUUUUCGAUUAGAAGUAAAAGAUCGUGAUGAAGACGGUAAAAUUCCUAUUCUGAUAUUACAAAAGCAGUUAGACAGAGAAGCGGCGCAGAAUAUAAAAUUGUUAUUAACCGCUGUAGAUGGUGGAAAACCACCAAGGUCUGGAACAACAGAAGUAAUCAUAAAUGUGCUGGAUAUAAAUGAUAACGCACCAGUUUUUACUGAAGAUGCCUAUACUGUAAUGCUACAUGAAAACGUACCUAUUGGUACAACAGUAAUACAGCUGAACGCCACAGAUUUGGAUGACGGCUCAAAUGGUGAGGUUGUUUAUUCGAUAAGUAAUAAUAUAAACAAAAAAUUACGCGAACUUUUUGAAAUAUCUCCGAUGACUGGCGAAAUCAUUGUGAAGGGAGUUUUAGAUUUUGAAGUUAAAGACAAAUAUGAGAUUGAUAUUCAAGCAUCCGACAAAGGCUCUGUACCAAUGACAUCAGACAAGACAGUAACUAUAAAGAUUGUAGAUGUAAAUGACAAUGCGCCAGAGAUAGAGGUAACAUCAUUUUCAAGUGCCAUUCCAGAAGAUUCCAGAUCAGGGACAACAGUUGCUUUGAUAAGUUUAUCUGAUUUAGACUCUGGGAUCAACGGAAAAGUUUCUUGUUCAGUACCUGAGGACAUGCCUUUCAGGCUAUUUUCAUCCUCACAUGAUAAUGUUUACUCGUUAGUUACAUCGUCAACUCUUGAUAGGGAAAUGGCAUCUCAAUAUGAUAUUACAUUAUCUGCAACAGACGCAGGGAACCCGCCAUUGUCAUCUAUGAAGACUAUAACUGUGCUAGUAUCAGAUGUAAAUGAUAAUAAUCCAUUGUUUAUUAGUUCCCCAUACACGUUUUAUGUAAUGGAAAACAAUACUCCAGGAACAUCUUUAUUUUCUGUAUUUGCUUUUGAUCAAGACUCAGACGAAAACGCAGUAAUCAGCUAUCAGAUAUGGAGAGAUAAUCUUAAAGAGAACAAGUACACAUCUUUUAUCAAUAUAAAUUCUGAAAAUGGCGUCAUAUACGCGUUAAAAAGUUUUGACUUUGAGACAGUAAAGACGUUCCAGUUCCACGUGCUUGCUACAGAUUCUGGAUCGCCCUCAUUAAGCAGCAACGUCACCGUGAACGUCUUCAUUCUGGAUCAGAACGACAACGUUCCAGUGAUCUUAUAUCCAGUCAGCGCUAACGGUUCUGCUGAAGGUGUGGAGGAGAUUCCUCGCAAUGUCAACGCAGGACAUUUAGUGACUAAAGUGAGAGCCUAUGACGCGGAUAUAGGAUACAACGGCUGGUUAUUAUUUUCACUGCAGGAAGUGAGUGACCACAGUCUCUUUGGUUUGGACCGCUAUACAGGACAAAUAAGAACCCUUCGCUCAUUCACAGAAACAGAUGAUGCUGAACAUAAACUAGUCAUACUGGUCAAAGACAAUGGUAACGUUUCCCUUUCAGCAACAGCGACACUGAUUAUAAAAGUUGUGGAGCCCAAAGAGGCUUUUGCAACUUCUGACGUUAAAAACUCAGUAAAAGAAGAGGAAGAAACUAAUGUUACAUUUUAUUUGAUCAUUACCUUGGGCUCGGUUUCGUUUCUUUUUAUCAUCAGUAUCAUCGUGCUGCUUGUAAUGCAGUGCUCCAAGUCUACAGACUUUUCCUCCAAGUAUUUGCAAGACACAAAUUAUGACGGGACACUGUGUCACAGCAUCCAGUACAGAUCCGGAGAUAAACGUUACAUGUUAGUAGGACCCAGAUCAAGUAUCGGUUCUACUCUAGUUCCAGGCAGUAAUAGAAAUACCCUUGUGAUACCAGAUCGCAGGAGGAGAACAUCUGUUGAGGUAAGAAGACUUACUUACAAAGGCAAUUCUUUGGUUUCUAGUGUGUGCCUUAGAAAAAUACGCCACCUCUCCCUUUAUAAGGAAAUAUGCGAUGUUAACUGA